CAUCCAUCGACUCGUUCGAUCAUUUCAGGGUCGAUAAGAGUCACACACACACACACACAAAACGAGCGGCAUGGCAAUGGCAAGGGUCAAUAAGAUAAAGGGUCGGUCACACACAGGCACUCACAAACACACGUACUUCUUGACAAACACGUUGCAACCCUUUACAACUCUGUCUGUCUCUCCAGCCGACCCUCCCUCAACUCAAUGCACUCACUCAUGCCUCCUUGCCAUGCGAGGAUGCCCCCACCCCCCACACACACAUGUCGCGUCUGUCUAUCUAUCACCUGCCCCUCCUGGUAACCCCACCACCCCCACUACUCCCACCAGCCCUUGGCACUGCCCCCCUCCCGCCCCUCCCAGCCCCACCCCUCAACACAACCGAUGACGACGAUGCCGCCGACUGCUCACUCUCACGCCUUGUCCUCCUCUGUGUGUGUGGGGCAGCCGUGGCGGCUGCUGCUGCUGCUGCUCCUGCUGCUGCAGCAGCAUUGCCUCUGCCGGCCGCCCCGCCACCCCUCCGCCUCUCUCUCGGCGGCCGAGAGAGAGGGGGAGCCUUCCUGCUGGGCGAUUGGGAUGGCGAAGGUGGGUCUGCUAGUGAGAUGACCUCUUGCUCCGCGUCCUCUCCCUCUCUCCCUCCCUCUCCCUCUUGCUGGUGGGGGACGGGGGGCGGCGAUGGCGAGGGCAUGUGGUCGUCCUCAGCCUGGAGCUGGAGAGAGGGGGAGGAAGAGGGAGCGGGCUGCCCACCACCACCACGGUCGACGGAUGCGCGCCCACUGGGUGCACUGCCGGCUCUGCCACAGGCCGGGGUUUCUUUCUCUCGCCUGGUGAGUGAGGCAGACGUCCUCCUGGCCGAUGAUGCUGAUGCUGUCGAUGUCCUUCUGUCUGCUUCGCGCGACUCUCUCUCUGACGUGUGCUUGCGGUCUGGAGGAGAGGGGUGCUGUGGAGGUUUGCGUGGCGGGGGGGAGGGGAUGGGGGCGUUGUGCGAGGGAACUACAGAGACACACACACAGGCAGGGAAGGAGGGAGACACACGGAUGGAUGGAUGGAUGGAUGGCGUGUUUGUGCGUUGCGUGCAUGCGUACCUUUUGCGGCUAUGUGUUUGAGGUCGAGUCUGGGAGAGGGGAGGAUGUCCCGUGCGUCGCGCUGCUCGUACUUGCGGACAGUCGCACACAACUCCUCGUGAGCUAAAGAGAGAGAAACAUGACACACACUCAGAGGGACAGACACCGAUAUAUGUGACCACGUGAUGUGACGUGCUGGGCAGGCACAUGACAUGUACAUACCCGCGAUGACUUGUGGGGCGAAUUGCCUCUUGCAGUAGGGGCACGUCUCGUAGGUGUCGUACAGACGGAGGGGGUCAAUGGAUCGGUCUUGCAAACCUGAAUGACACACAAUGAUUGACACACACAAAUGAAAUGUGCCUGCCUGCCUGCCUUUGUGCCAUCACAUCUUGCAACCAAACCACAGACGUGUGGUAGGUAUGUGUCCAUGGCAUGGAUGGCUACGUUACGAUACGUACGUGGCGAGGGAAGUCGUGAUGGCGGCCGUCUGAGUCUGUCCGGCGUGCCGGUGGGCAGGUUGUAGUGUGUUUUCUUGCUCUGCAGGUAGCGCUGCAUCCUUGGGGGGCUGGGGCCGCGGUGGGGGUGGACACCGACACCCGACUCCUCCUUCUCCUGUGUGACGUGUCACGUGACGUGCGUGACAGUGACAGUGACGCACACACACACACACACACACAAAGACAGACAGACAGACACACAGACAUUCACAUAUAUGUGUGUGGUGUGGUGUGGUGUGGUGUUUGUGUGGGUACGGUACGUGGUGUUUGCCGCAAAUGGACUCAUGCUUGGCAAGACGAGAAGACAGGAACCGACUGAGUUAACGAGCCCAGCCAACAGCAGGCAGGCAUUCCACAAGGAGGCAGGCCGGCGUGUGUGUCAUGUCUCUCUCUGAUCUGUGUGAGGGUUUGCUUUAGUGCGGUCACCGUACCGUCCGCAGUACAUGCAGGGCACUCGCUGCUCGGCCUCCUGCGGCCCGCCUGACUCGUCGCGCCUGCAGCAUAGCGUCCACGCCACGCACAUCCGAUGGAUGUGCGCGUGUGUGUGCAUUGAUUGCUUUCUGCGUAUUCAUUGUGCGCGCCGCGCGUAGCGUAGCGUAGCGUACCACCACUCGUCCUGCGUGUGCGACUUGACACCCACUGGCAUGUUGUCUGCGCAGUGAAUGCAAUCGAAAAUUGAUAAUUGCGGGCCGAGACACAUGAAUUGCACUCACUGCAUCAUUGUGCGAUGUGCGUGUACUUUACCGACCGAGGUCGAUCAGCGGCCUGCUGGGGACAGACGGCACGGUGGACGGCCUGUCCUCCUCCUCACACACACCGCCCCCUACAGUCCACCCACACCCACACCCACACGCGCACCGCACACACACGCACAUCAGAAUGCGGAAGGACAUUUGUUGUAUCUAUUUGCUCACUUGGCUCUUCCUCUGUCUGUGGAGGGGCCGCCUCCAUUGCCGCCUGCUGCUGCUGCUGCUGCUGCUGCUGAGACAACAGAAGCGAAGAAGAGCCGCCACGAGCGGACUGCUGCACGCAGCCCAGCCCGACGCACCGCAUCCCAUCCAGGCGUUGGUUCAGAUAUUCGACGCGUCCGUCUGUCAUGUGUCCUCUCUCUGUGCUAUGUGUGUUUGUCCACAGUGUGGCCUUUGGUGGUUUUGUGUGUGCUGUCUGUACUGACGUCUGAGUCGCGUUUGGACAGGGCUCUCUGUAUCUGCUGCGACAGGACGAUCGACGGCCGGUGGGAGGCCAAAGGCGACUGACACAUACAGGGAGAGAUCAUUCGUGUGUGUGUGCUGUGCAUGGCUGUGUGCGGGGCGGUGCAGACCACACGCACCUGACCACCAUGGUUACUGACGGACAGCACACUCGACGAGAGCCCGCCACUCACGUAAGGAUGCACUAACGGACGGGCUGCAAUGAUUGCAUUGCAGUCAGUGCACCACACAAUGAAUGAAUGCCACACAGUUUGCGUCUGCGGGUGUGCAUCACGAAUGUGACCACUCCCUCCCUCCCUCACCUGAGACAGCCGGUGGCGGUGCGAUGAUCUGCUGCAGAGACAAGGGCGGCACGGCCGAGGACAACGGCACCUAAACACACACACACACACACACACACAGACAUACAAGUAUCGAUGUCUCCAGACACAGACAGAUCAGAUGGGAUGUGUCAGCAAUUUCUGGCUGACGUGCGACACCGGCACCCCUGAUGGUGGGGGCAGGUCCAUCAUGGUUACCCCCCUCACCGAAUGCGACUGCACCACACCACACCACACGACAUAUCAAUGACAGAGGCGCGGCGCACACCACACAAAACAAGCACCCAACCAGAGUGAGUAUCUGUCUGUUGUGUGUUCACUCACUGGGUACGCCACACGCCCGCCCACUGAGCCCAACUGACUGACUGACCGAGCUGGGCAGUUCCUGCUCAUCCUCUUCCGCACCCUCCUCCUCAGCAUGUGCAUCUUCAUGCUCCUCACGCUCCUCGUAUAUCGACGGCUCGGGCGGCGGAUGGUAGAUCUCCCUAGCUGCACACAACAACAACACACGGUCAGCCCCCCAGACACACCUGCUACCCUGCCCUCCACUGCCGUGACGUUAUCUAGGUGUCAGUUCAGUCACUUGGACGUACCAGGUGAGGAGAAGUCGCCCCUCGCCGUGGCAGGGCGCCGCCGAUCCAACUCUGCGCACAAACAAAGAGACACAGAGAGAUAGAGGCACAGACGGAGAGGUGAACACAUGCACACACACGGACUCGUGUGCAUGGACAGCCCACCGGUCCCUCCCUACCUCUGUCAGUGUCUUCAGCUGCCUCCGUGAGCUGCAUGCUCCUCUGCCGCUCCACGCCACCAUCACCGAGAGUCUCCCUCUCCACUUCGCCCUCGAGUGUGCCCAUCUUGGUGUCCAGCACUAUGGGCGGCGGCACUGGCAGCGGAACCGGCUCGCGACGACGGGCUGCACUCAGCCAUCCACCAGUUUAUGCGUCAGAGCAGUUAUUGACGAGUAGAUGUCAUGUCAGUGUGGAUGGGGAGAGAUGGGGAGAGCCAGAGGGGUGUGGGGGGGGGUGUACCUGUGAGCAGCGGUGUGUCGCGGAUUCUCCUCUCCGUCAGCAGGGGGGACACCCUCUCCUCAGUCGUGAUGCUCCGCACGUCACGCGCGCUCUACACGCACGCAUCAAGCCAUCCACUCAGCCAUACCUACCAGGCUUCUGUGUCUCUGUGUGUGUGUCCGGCUGACCUCGCGGCCCUCGCGCUGAGUGAGAAAGCCCCGAGUGCGCCGCUGCGGCAGGGGCGCAUACGUGGGCAGCUGACACAAGUACACGGACACACUCGUCCACAGAGACGUAUCCAUCCCAAAGGUACCUACCUGGUAUGAAGGGCUUGCCGACAGGAGUCUUGGUGGCGGCGAGCGGAACCGGUCGGCAUACAUCGGAGGAGGGAAGGGGGACGGUGGGGGCCGCGUGUGCGACACCUGCUGCGCCACUGUGAUGGGCGGCACUGCCUGCUCCUCACUCUCGUACUCGUCAUACGCCGGCGGCUGGUACACUGGAGCUGCUCAAAUGGAUCAAGACGACACACACGUAAGUAAGUGAAUGGGUAUGUGUGUGCGUGUGUGUGCGUACGUGCGUCUCUCUGCGACUGCACAGCACUGGCGGCAGCGAUGCCGAUGGAGGCAUACGACGACAACAGGUCGCGCAGCGACGGCAAAGCUGGCACCUGUGCAGCAGCCGCAGCAGCCUGCUGACAACCACCACGAACACACACACACACACACACUCACAUAGAUGGUCUGGUCUGGUCUGGCACCCACAGUAAAUACUCUCAUACACACACACACACACACACACGCGCGCGCGAACCUGUGCGGCAACUGCGGGCUGUUGAUGUUGCUGCUGCACGUUGGUAGAGGUGAGGCUGUGGACAAUGUCGAGCGCACUCAUGGGCGAGACGCCAGACGCCAACAGACGGUUGAACGCAACCAAACGCUGGUCACCUGCACAGAACACAAGUACGUACACAGACAGACAGGGACAUAUGUGGCCGUCUAGACCUCUCCCCUCCCUCUUUGCCCAUCACUCACCGGCACCACUGCUGUCAUCUGAUUUGGCCAUCUGCGCCGCGCUGAUGGACGGCAUGCUCGGCUCAGUCGCAAUCAUGGGCACAGCUACGGACACCAACGAGGGGGGCACAACGCCACCAGCAUCACCAGCACCACCAGCAACACCAGCAGCGGGCUUGUGCUCCUGCGUCAACCCACGCACACACGUACAGGCUGCUGGUUCCGUCUGUCUGUAUGUAUGUGGCUGGAACAGACCUGUUUGCGAGCGGCCGAUGGCUGUCUUUUGGGCGGUGCGAUGGACUGCUUGGGGGGCUCCAGUGGGGGUGGCGGUGGGGCCGCCUGCUCCUGCAGACAAACAAACCAUGCGUGUCUUCCUUCCUUGCUUCCUGUGCGCGUGUAUAGGUGUGUAUCUGGUGGUCUGGGGGUUGACCUAACACACCACAGGUACCUGUGGUGUGAUCGGUUGUGUGUGGGGAGGUGGAGGCUCUUCUCCUAGCUGCCGGUGCGGCUCUUCUUCCUCUUGUGUCUGAGGGAACGCCUCGCCCUCCUGUUGUUGCUCUUGCUCUUCCUCUUCCUCCCUCUCCUCCUCGGUGUGGCCCACCGGCACAAUCACUGCGUCCAUGAGCCACGAGCAUUUAUCCGACAUUAUAUAUACACCCAUCAUGUAUGUCUCUCUGUGGAUGUGGAUGUGUGUCUGUGUCUGUGUGUGACCUUCUUCCUCUUCUUCUUCUUCAUAUGGUUCCUCCUCCUGUUCCUCCAGCCCCUCCUCGCCGUAUUCCUCCUCGCCAUAGUCGCCGUACUCGUACUCGCCCUCUAUGAACUCGCCCUCGCCCUCUCCCUCCGCAGCCUCCUCGCCCUCUUGCUCUGGAAGAAUGGGCAGGCAGAACGGGGAAGGCAGAGAGACAUGGCAUAAGUCGACGUGCAUAUGGACAGUGUGGGCGUCUGCGGGUCUUGUUGCGUACCUUCCUGCUCCUCCUCUUCCUCUUCUUCUUCCCAUUCCUCCUCGCCGUAGUCGUCCUCACCGCCACCAUCCUCAUCAUCAUCAUCUCCACCGUCACCUGACCACACAUACGCAGAUGGACGGACACAUCUGGAUGGAUGGAUGGACGGCUAUGUGCGUACCGUCAUCGUCCGCAUUGCCAUCGCCCUCAUGGCCCCCCUCUUGGCCGCCGUUAUCCUCACCCUCGUAAUACUCAUCUGACCAAUGCAUUCAUUCAGGAUGCGAUGCACCCAUAUGUGUCGAAUGCGUAUCUCGAUCGACGGUGUGUCUCCUCACCUUCUUCCCCCUCGUAAUCGUCCUCGUCGGCCUCGCCCUCCGCCGCGCCUUCAUCCCCCUCCCCAUUGCCAUCGCCCCCGUUGCCCCGACCGCUCUCAUCCACUCGGGCAGCCGCCAAAACAGCACUUCCACCACCAACAGCACCACCAGCGGUGGCAUGCGAUCGCACUGAAACAUCAUCGCCACCACUACCUCCUCUCUGGCUCUGACUUUGAAUGUGCCGAUGUUCCUCCUCCCACAUGCCCCGCCAGCUGAUCUUCCUCUCCUGUUCACGAGGCAGCUGACUCCGCCCGAUCUCACCGGCACUCCGAGCGUGGUCGAUCUCGCGGGCCCCGAUGGGAGGCCGCUGCGAGGACAGGGGGAAGGGCACGGGGGUGGGCAGAGGCGGCGGCUUGGCCGUGACAGCUGUGGUGAUGUGUGUGUGGUAGAGAGGGAACGGGGGCAGCGGGCGGCAGACAACCUGGUGAUGUUGGUUGUUGCCCAUGAUGGCGGCCGGCCUGGGCGAGAGGGGGCCGAGAGGGGAAAGGAACGCGCCGCUGUGCUGCUGCACUGACACUGGCUGUCCAUGCGCCUGAGGGAAGGUCGACUGCUUGGCGUACACCGGCCGCUCAGUGGACCGCACUCUGUGUCGGGCGCUGCCGCUGCCGCUGUAGUCGGCGGUCCUCAUGUGUAGGGGCGACCCUCGGCUGUGUAUAUGUGGCCGUGGAGGUGCCGGGUGAUGCGAUAGGUACGGCGCAGAGGGGAACACAUGGGCAAUGGGCAGCGGCGGGCGACUGAACGGACGCAACGCAACACAUACAGAAAAGAGGACAAAACAUGGACAGAUUUUACCAAACGUAGGUGGAGGAUCCUUCUUGUCACCUGUGUGUGGCCUCCUUCUCCCCCUGUUGAGCACUGCUGCCCCUCCUAUGGACAUUCAGCGCCAGGGCUCCUGCAGGCGGCAAUGUGGGCGGCUGCCAUACAGUUUUGGGCCGAUGAUCUCUGGCCUGAUACAUCGGGGCCUCAACCUAGGAUGCUGAUGGUGCACAAACUCGACUAACUGGC